UGUUUGAGAUCACGUUCUGAGAGGAUAAGAACAUCGCGAGAGUUGGUGUCGGCCGUGUUGUCAACAUUACUUUUUACGUUUCUUGGUCUUUUCUGUGUCGCUGCACUUUAAUUAGGACUUAAUAGAUUAUAAAUACUUUUAUUAGUGUUUUUUGUUGUUGCUUAUUCAGCAGUUUUGGCAUCUUUUUCACGGCUGCGCUGCUGAAUUUGUUUGUUGGUUUUUAAAUAGCAAAAACACACAUCAGAUUUAAAGAUAUUCAAUUGCGUUUGGAGCUGACGUCGGCCAUGUCGGCCGCCCCCGUUUGGUGAUGUGGAGGCUGCCGUCUCUUUGCAGAGCAGCACGCAGGACCUUCUGCAGCGCCGCGGACGACAUGGCGAAGGGCAAGUUCUUCUACGCGGUGCAGAGGGGCUUCACGCCCGGAGUCUACGCUUCCUGGGUUGAAUGUAAGCGGCAGGUGGAAAAAUUCCCAGCCGCCUCUUUUAAGAAGUUUCUAUCAGAGAAAGACGCCUGGGCGUUCUUCAGAGGGGUCGAACCAUCUCCUGUUCCAGAGGUGAAAAAAGUCGCCCAGCGCGUGGAGUCGGCCGACGCUCUGCUCCCUAAAAGAGGCCCGGAGCCUCUGGAGUACAUCCCCCUCGGCAGGAAGAGGCUUCACUCGGCCCAGAAGGCGGAGGAGCAGUCGUCCCCGUCCAAGCGGGUCAGACAGGCGGAGAGCUCGUCUUCGGAGAGCGCCGACGGAUUCACGUACAUGGGCGACGCCGUGGUCGUUUACACCGACGGUUGCUGCUCGAAAAACGGACAGAAGGGCGCCCGAGCCGGCAUCGGAGUGUACUGGGGCCACAACCACCCGCUAAACGCCGCUGAGCCGCUGCUGGGAAGACAAACCAACCAGCGAGCAGAAGUCCAGGCGGCCUGCAAAGCGCUGGAGCAAGCCAAAGAGAACGGCCUCAAGAAGCUGGUCCUCUACAGCGACAGCAAGUUCACCAUCAACGGUGUGACCAGCUGGGUGAAGACCUGGAAGCUGAACGGCUGGCGGCUGAAAUCCGGAGGUCCCAUCACCAACAAAGAGGACUUCGUGAAGCUGGACCGGCUGAACGCGGAGCUGGAGGUGGUCUGGCUGCACAUUCCAGGUCACGCCGGUUACCGCGGCAACGAGGAGGCCGACAGACUGUCGAGGGAAGGAGCGGCGAAGGCUUCCCAGGAGAGGAGACCGGCUUAGAGACAAAGUCUGACUUAUUUAUCUUUUAUUUGUGUUUUUCACUCCGAAUAAACGUUUUCUGCUUCA